AAGAUCCUUUCUAACGGGUGUGUUUCAUGACGUUAUCAUCGAUUGAGCAUCGCGGGCUAUCAGCUAAAACUGUCGAUAGACGAAACCAGGUGUGUUCUCCAGGUAGAGCCUUCCUAUGCGGCCCCGGAGAUCGGCAAGAGACGAAGAGUGGGGAGUUCAUAUAAGACACCGGGCAAACGCCUCUCCCAGUAAGCAGUCUCGACACGAAAACUCAUCAGCCGAGCUUCCUCGGCUCUCACACAACGAGAGAGAUAUUCUCUCCAGGCAUAUAUCAGGAUAUUUCGUCUACAAGGAAUUGACACAUUGCGAGUUAAAUCGGUCGCACGUUUCCUCAGAAUGUCACAGUACAUAUUUUCGUUCGUCCUAGUGUUCCUGGCUGCACAGGGCUCUCUGGGCCAGAAGCAGCAGCAGGAAGAUCCAUGCCAGACCAAGUCGCGGGUGGUGGGCGACAUCGAGUAUUGCGAUCGCUAUUGGGAAUGUGUGAGCGGUCGGCCAGAAUUGUUCGAUUGUCCGAACGGUCUCGUGUUCGCUGGCAAGCAUCGCGGUGUCACUGAAGGAUGCGAUUAUCCCUGGAGGGCGAACUACUGUGACGGUAAACGCCAAGCUAAUCCGCCGAUCCCGACCGAGCAUUGCGACUGGCUGUACGGUAUCUUCGGCCACGAGACCUCCUGCACCAGGUACUGGACCUGCUGGAACGGCACCGCCACCGAACAGCUCUGCAUAGGCGGUCUGCUUUACAACGAGAGAGCCAGGUCUUGCGACUGGCCCGAAAACGUCGAGGGAUGUCAGAAGCAUCCUCUUUGCAACGACGACGCCAACGGCAACGUGCCCCUCGGCAAGUCGUGCAACCGCUACUGGCAGUGCCAGGGUGGCUACCCUCGGUUACAGCGCUGCCCAGCCAUGUUGGUCUUCGACAAGCGGUCGCUGAGGUGCGUGGUGCCGCCAACGGAGGACUGCGACGUUCCUACGACGCCGCCGCCCACCGAGGGCGAAUUGUCCGAGGGUCGCAACGAGCAGCAGGAACCCGAGGAGGAGAAUCUGCCACCUGGCGUGCCACCUCUGCCGGCAGGCGCGUUGCCGAUUCAAGCGCUGCGCGCUCGCGCCCGAAAUUAAGACCUUGAUCUGAAUUAUUCGGAUCACGUCCAACCACUAGGAAGGACGAAGGAAACCAGAAGAUCCCUUGCGACGAGCGAGAUCCCGGAGAUCGAGCUCGUCGAUCGAUUGGGGGAACUCGAGAAGUUCUCUCCAGAUCUUUCCCUCCCUCCUGUAAUUCUAUUAUUUUAGAAUCUAUUGGUUGGAUCGAAUUCGAUUUUUAGAGGUCUGCAGAUUUUCUUGAUGUUGGAGAAGUUUAUGUUCCGCGAUUCUUUGAGAAUAUCGAGAAAGUUUUAUCCUCUUUUGUAGCAAAUAAAAGUUUUAAUUUUUUUUUUCGAUUUUUCUUUGACAUAAAGAAUUAAUUUUCGAUUAUUUCGAAGGGUAAAUUCGAGCAAAAGUUUGAGUGAAGUAACUAUUAUAAUUAUGUUU